CACAACAACAACAAUAAACCCGGUCAAAUUUCCUUUUAUGUUUAAAUCUUCGAAUUUCAAACCCCAAUCUUUGCUGCUUAUGUUUCCCCUCGAAGAUCAUUAAUUUUGCGGCUUUGGUGAUCGGUAAGUAUCCCAAUUCCAUAAUUCAAUUUAUCUUAAUUCGAGGGCUGGGUUUUCAUUGCUCAUUUGCUGAAAACCCUAGUCUAAUUCCAUUUUCUAGGAAUUUUGGGAUAGCUUCAGGUAAUAGCUUAGAUAAUGAGAUCUUCAACGAGGAAUCAUCGUCUCUAUACUUCAAAAAACCCCAAAGUUCAUGGAAUUUUUAAUGGGUUAUAUGCUUUGAUCCUAUUUUUCUUAUUCUACACCCGGUCUGAUUUCUCAAGGAACCCUCAUAUAGGCCAAUCUUCUCGGCUUAUUAAUCACGUGACUCAGGGAACUGGUUUCACUGAUGGGUUUGAUCAUUUUAGUAUAAUUCAUCGAAAAGUUAGUGAACUUGAUGUGAUUUCAUCAAAUUCAGCUGUUAAGAAUGCCCAGGAGGUCUUGAAUGGAAGCUCCAGCAACCCUGGCUUGUGUUCUGGAUUGUUUGAUCACAAGGGUUUUUCUAAUCAAUGUGAGUUCUUGAAAGCUAAUUCGCAUUGUUCUUCGGAUGGAUUCUUUGAUUACAUUAAGUUUUUCUAUUGUAGUUGUGGAGAAUUUAGGAUAGCAGGUUAUGCUAUAUUGGUUCUUUGGCUUGCUGCUUUGUUUUAUCUACUGGGCAACACUGCAGCAGAUUACUUUUGCUGUUCAUUGGAGAAGCUUUCACAUCUGCUUAGGUUGCCUCCAACUGUUGCUGGGGUUGCACUCCUUCCAUUGGGAAAUGGGGCGCCCGAUGUGUUUGCGAGUAUUGCCGCAUUUUUGGGGACAGAUACGGGUGAAGUGGGUCUUAAUAGUGUGUUGGGUGGAGCAGUUUUUGUUACUUGUGUUGUUGUAGGGAUUGUUUCCCUCUGUGUAGCGGAGAAGAGGAUCCAGAUCGAUAAAAGAUGCUUUAUUAGAGAUAUUUGUUUCUUCCUUUUUACACUCAUUUCACUUAUGAUCGUAUUGGUAAUUAGUAAGGUCAGUGUCACUGGUGCUAUGGCAUUUGUCAUGAUAUAUGUGAUUUAUGCAAUUUCUGUGGCUGCAAAUGAGAUUCUGAGGAAACAUGCAAGGGGGUUGAAACUGGAUGUUGUUACUCCUUUGCUUCCUGUCCGAGGAAGUCCAGUUUUACAAGGAAGUGAAGAGGACAUUUUUGCUUAUAGUUCUCUGCUUGAUAUGGACACCGAAAAUGAUCCAUCCCAACUCCCUAAUUCCCUGCCACAGUGGAUGUGGGCUUCAAAUGUGGCUAUAUAUUCAAACAACUUCAUGAAGUUUAAUUCAGCUGAUGAAGAAAGGCCUCCAUGGGGUUGGACAGAAAAGGUUACGGAAACAAAUGACUCAUCAUUUUCAUGUUCCAAGUUAAUUUCGCUCCUGGAGCUGCCAUUGACAAUUCCAAGGCGGCUAACAAUUCCUUUAGUCGAGCAGGAAUCAUGGUCAAAACCAUAUGCUGUAGCCAGCGUUUCAUUAGCUCCCAUUCUGAUGGCUUUUCUGUGGAACAGCCAAUGUGAUGUGGGCUCUAACAGCCGAGUGAUUGCAUGGUGUGUUGGUGUUGCAGUCAGUUGCACUCUUGGUAUUCUUGCAUAUCAGCAUACUUUAUCUGAUCAUCCACCCCAGAGGCUCUUAAUUCCUUGGGUAUUUGGUGGAUUUCUUAUGAGCAUCGUGUGGUUCUAUAUGAUUGCUAAUGAGCUUGUUGCUCUAUUGGUAGCAUUUGGUGUGAUUUUUGGAAUUAAUCCAUCCAUUCUUGGAGUAACUAUCCUGGCGUGGGGCAAUUCAAUGGGUGAUUUGGUGUCGAAUGUUGCCCUAGCAAUGAAUGGGGAAGAUGGUGUACAGAUUGCCUUUUCAGGCUGCUAUGCUGGUCCCAUGUUCAACACGCUUGUCGGUUUGGGUAUCUCAAUGCUGCUCGGAGCUUGGUCGAAGAGUCCUUCUCCAUACUUGAUUCCACUGGAUAUCAGCUUGUUCUAUACAAUAGGCUUUCUCAUGUUAGGACUAAUCUGGGCACUCGUAGUCUUGCCUCGGAAUGACAUGCGCCCUGGCAAGAUUUUAGGAGUGGGUCUUAUAAUGCUCUAUGUGAUAUUUCUUUUUCUCAGGCUGAGCAGUGCUAUGGGGUUUCUAUCACUCAGGGUUUAAGUUGAUUCAUGUUUUGGUUGUAAUUAGGAGGAUCGUUUAUAUCAACAUAUUCUAUGUCAUAGAAAAUCCAUUGUUGUAUCUUGGACACUAUGAAAGGCCUUCAGUAUUUGCUGUGAAAACUCUGCCUUCCACUUCCA